UGUAGUUAUCCCAGCUAAUGAGAGCUCGGUUGGCCUCCACCUGAAUAAAAAGCGCUUCUACUUAUUAGUGCUAGGCCCUAGAGCGUUCUGUGUUUUGAUUUUAUAUGGGGAAAAAUAAAAGAGACAGGAAAAACGAGGAUGGCAGGAAAUCUAAGAAGCCAAAGGUAGCUGAACCAGAUUAUGAAGAUGAUGACACUCAGGAUGGGAAUGAUUCAGGAUUAAUUCCAGAGGGGGCUUUUAAAAAGGUGGAUGAGGCAACUAAGCAGGAUGAGUAUGGAGCUAAAGACUACAGGUCAGUGCUGAAGCUUAAAGAUGAUCAUGGAUCUAGACCGCUGUGGGUGGCACCGGAUGGCCACAUCUUUCUGGAGUCCUUCUCACCUGUAUACAAGCAUGCUCACGACUUCCUUAUUGCAAUUUCUGAGCCUGUAUGUCGUCCAGAGCAUAUACACGAAUACAAGCUCACUCCAUAUUCACUGUAUGCAGCUGUCUCCGUUGGCCUACAAACCAGUGACAUCAUAGAGUAUCUGAGGCGCCUUAGUAAGACAUCUAUUCCAGAGGGAAUCAUUGAGUUCAUUAAGCUAUGCACUGUGAGCUAUGGAAAGCUUAAACUUGUUCUUAAACACAAUCGUUACUUUGUUGAGAGUGCAUUUCCAGAGGUUUUACAAAAAUUGCUUAAAGAUCAUGAGAUUCAGGCUUGUCGUUUGCGUGAAGAUGAAACACUAGCAGAUACGGAUGACCUGAUCAAAUCACAAACCACCAUUAAGUCAGCAUUGAAGCUCAACAAGCCUGCUACCAGCACUGCCGAAUCUGAAACAGUUGAACAGAAUGGAAAUGACAAAGAUGCCAUUCCGAGUGAUAUUUAUGAUUUCUAUGAUAAAAUUGAUAAAGAAGAUGAAGAAGGUGAAGAUUUACAAACCGUGUCCUUUGAAGUAAAGCAACAAGAGAUUGAAAAACUACAAAAAAGAUGUAUUGAGUUGGACUUCCCACUCUUAGCUGAGUAUGACUUCAGGAACGACACAAACAAUCCUGACCUCAACAUUGACUUAAAACCUACAACAAUACUAAGGCCCUACCAGGAAAAGAGUCUGCGCAAGAUGUUUGGUAAUGGACGUGCAAGAUCUGGAAUCAUUGUAUUGCCAUGUGGUGCCGGUAAGACCCUUGUUGGCGUGACAGCGGCCUGUACAGUACGUAAACGUUGUAUCGUCCUGUGCACCAGUGGAGUCGCAGUUGAACAGUGGAGGUCACAGUUCAAGAUGUGGUCUACAGUUGAUGAUACCAUGAUAUGCAGGUUCACCUCAGAUGCUAAAGAUAAACCAGUAGGUUGUACAAUAUGCAUUAGUACAUAUUCCAUGAUCUCUCACAGCAGUAAACGAUCCUGGGAAGCUGAGCAGGUGAUUAAAUGGCUCAAGAGCCAGGAGUGGGGACUGAUGGUUUUGGACGAGGUGCAUACAAUUCCAGCCAAGCAGUUCAGGAGAGUAUUGACUGAAGUACAAGCACAUUGCAAACUAGGCCUCACUGCAACACUCGUUAGGGAGGAUGACAAGAUCGCAGAUCUCAACUUCCUCAUCGGUCCAAAACUGUAUGAAGCAAAUUGGAUGGAGUUACAAAAUAAUGGACACAUUGCUAAAGUACAGUGUGCAGAGGUCUGGUGCCCUAUGACCCCAGAGUUCUAUCGUGAAUACCUGAGCAUCAGAAAUAGAAAACGAUUGUUGGUGUAUGUAAUGAAUCCAAAUAAGUUCCGAGCCUGUCAGUUUUUGGUUAAAUUCCACGAGCAACGCAACGACAAAGUGAUUGUGUUUUCAGAUAAUGUCUUUGCUCUCAUCCACUAUGCUAAAGCCAUGGAAAAGCCUUUCAUCUAUGGACCAACCACUCAGUCAGAACGUCUACACAUUCUACAAAACUUUGUACACAACCCAGCUGUAAAUACAAUAUUCAUUUCUAAGGUUGGUGAUAAUUCUUUUGAUCUUCCGGAAGCUAAUGUCCUAAUUCAAAUAUCCUCACAUGGAGGCUCACGUCGACAAGAGGCUCAACGUUUGGGAAGAAUUCUCCGCGCAAAAAAAGGAGCUGUAGCUGAAGAAUACAAUGCAUUCUUUUACACACUGGUCUCCCAGGAUACCCAGGAAAUGUACUACUCAAUGAAGCGUCAAAGUUUCUUGGUUAAUCAAGGGUACAGCUUCAAGGUGAUCACUAAGUUAGCAGGAAUUGAUGAGGAAAACCUAAAAUAUUCAACAAAAGCAGAGCAGCAGACACUGUUACAGCAGGUGAUGGCUGCCACAGACGAGGAUGCUGAAGAGGAGAGGGUUGCAGGUGAAAUGAGACCAGGCUCAUCACAAGUUAGCAGACGGGCAGGUGCGAUGAGCUCCAUGUCUGGUGGUGAUGACCAAGUUUACAUGCCCUAUAGCAAAUCAUCCAAAACAAAGGUUCAUCCACUAUUCAAGAAGUACCGAUUUUAGACAGAAAAUCUUUUCUUGAAGUUUUUUAAUUGAGUAGUAAAUUGAUGAACUGAAGGUUGGGCACCAUAUUGCAGACAAAUCUUAUCUACGUCCAUGAAUCAAGUAAAUGGCAGACAAACCCUUCUGCUAUAUAUUGUGCAGGAAUCCACAGCAAAUCGGAUAUUACAAAGUCUUCUGCGGUCACCAGAUAUUGAAUAGAUGGAAGAGCCCUUUGGUUUUCAAACCAAAUGGAAGAUAACAUUUAGUUUAUAUUGUUAUGCUUGUUCAUAAUGAAAAUCAUAUCAAUUAAACUAAUUUAAACAUUUUCUAUAUACUGUACUGUUUUGGAAUAUAAUUAAGCCAUUUUCUAUACAGUAAGGAUAGUGGAGAGUGAAGGGAAAUAGGACUUACUGUUGAAGGUUAAUAGAUAUAAAAUGUAAUUACUGUAAUUUAUUGUCAUAAUCCAAAAAAUGUGGCUAUGAAUUUUCCUGAUUCAAUAAUUUAAACAUUUUCUAAAUACUGUACUGUUUUGGAAUAUAAUUAAGCCAUUUUCUAUACAGUAAGGAUAGUGGAGAGUGAAGGGAAAUAGGACUUACUGCUGAAGGUUAAUAGAUAUAAAAUGUAAUUACUGUAAUUUAUUGUCAUAAUCCAAAAAAUGUGGCUAUGAAUUUUCCUGAUUCAAUGCAGUAUCUCUUCUUUAUGAUAAUAGAGCAACAGAAUAUUUGUGUUAGGUUCAUGCCUAUUGCUUGCUUUUGGCAAGAUUGUAUUUGUACUUUGCAAAAUUAUAUAAUUAUUUUUGUCCAAGAAAAAAAGGUACAAUACCAAAUAAAUGAAUGCACUUGGUUUGCCUGAUAAAGUAA